AUGCCGAUCCCGAUCACCAGAACGGAAAGCGUGCCGGCCAACCUGACGGCGUCCCGCUCGGCUGCUGGUGCGGCGUCGACGUCGUCGCCGUCGCCGUCGGCCGGCGCGUCGGUCACUUCGGUGGCGGCGAUGCCGGCGGAGGCGGCGGCUUCGCUGGCCAUCAGCGCGGCGCUCAGCAACGACUUCGUGUCGCGCAACAAGCUGCAGGUGGGCGGCGGCUGGGGGCAGCUGCUGAGGAAGGCCGUGUGCACUUUGCAGAGGGGCAAGAUCCCGCUGCUGCUGGCCGUCGAGGCGGGCAACCAGUCCAUGUGCCGCGAGCUGCUGUCGCAGCAGACGGCCGAACAGCUGCGCGCCACCACCGACAACGGCGACACGGCGCUGCACCUGGCCACCAGGCGGCGAGACGUCGACAUGGUGCGCAUCCUGGUCGACUACGGCGCGAACGUCGACAUGCAGAACGGGGAGGGCCAGACGGCGCUUCACAUCGCCGCCGGCGAGGGCGAUGAGGCCCUGGUCAAGUACUUCUACACGGUGCGGGCCAACCCCUCCAUCAUCGACAACCAAGACCGGACGCCGAUGCACCUGGCGGCGGAGAACGGCCACGCCGGCGUCAUCGAACUGCUGGCGGACAAGUACAAGGCGUCCAUCUACGAGCGCACCAAGGACGGCAGCACGCUGAUGCACAUCGCCUCCCUCAACGGUCACACCGAGUGCGCCAUGAUGCUCUUCAAGAAGGGCGUCUACCUACACAUGCCCAACAAGGGCGGCGCCCGCAGUAUCCACACGGCGGCUCGCUACGGACACGUGGGCAUCAUCAGCACGCUACUGCAGAAGGGCGAGAAGGUCGACGUACCCACGCACGACAACUACACGGCCCUGCACGUCGCUGUGGAGUCCUGCAAACCCGCCGUGGUGGAGACGUUGCUGGGAUACGGUGCGGAUGUCCACGUCAGAGGAGGUAAGCUGCGAGAGACGCCGCUGCACAUCGCGGCGCGCGUGCGCGAGGGCGACCGGUGUGCGCUGAUGCUGCUCAAGUCGGGCGCCAACUGCAACCUGACGACGGACGACGGGCGCACGCCCGUGCACGUGGCCGCCAAGCACGGCAACCUGCCCACGCUCACGCUGCUGCUCAACGACGGCGGCGACGCCCUCUUCAAGUCCAAGAACGGGGAGACGCCGCUGCACCUGGCGUGCCGCGGCUGCCGUGCAGACGUGGUGCAGCACCUGCUGCAGUGGGUGAGGGAGCAGCGCGGCCCCGAGGUGGCGGCCGCCUACGUCAACUCCGUCAACGAGGACGGCGCCAGCGCGCUGCACUACGCCGCGCAGGUCUCCAAGGCGGAGGUGGAGGUGCCCGACAACGACCGCCAGGUCAUCCAGCUGCUGCUCGAGGGCGGCGCCGAGGUCUCGCUCUGCACCAAGUCGGCCCAGGAGACGCCAUUCCACUGCUGCGCCCUGGCGGGCAACAACGACGUGCUGACGGAGAUGCUGUCGCGCAUGACGCAGACGGACGUGCAGAAGGCGCUGAACCGGCAGAACGCGGUGGGCUGGACGCCGCUGCUCAUCGCGUGCCACCACGGCCACAUGCGGCUCAUCUCGACGCUGCUGGCCAACCACGCGCGCGUCGACGUCUUCGACAACGAGGGCCGCUCGGCGCUGCACCUGGCGGCCGACCGCGGCUACCUCGAGGUGUGCGACGCGCUUCUCACGCACAAGGCCUUCAUCAACAGCAAGUCGCGCGUCGGCCGCACCGCCCUACACCUCGCCGCCAUGAACGGAUACGCGCACCUCUGCAGGUUCCUGGUGCAGGACCACAACGCGACGAUCGACGUGCUGACGCUGAAGAAGCAGACGCCGCUGCACCUGGCGGCGGGCACGGGCCAGCUGGAGGUGUGCCGGCUGCUGCUCGAGCUGGGGGCCGACAUCGACGCCACCGACGACAUGGGCCAGAAGCCCAUCCACGCCGCCGCCCAGAACAACUUCUCCGAGGUGGCGCAGCUCUUCCUGCAGCGCCACCCCAGCCUCGUCAUGGCCUGCACCAAGGACGGCAACACGUGCGCGCACAUCGCGGCGAUGCAGGGCUCCAUCCGCGUCAUCGAGGAGCUGAUGAAGUUCGACCGGUCGGGCGUCAUCUCGGCGCGCAACCGCAUCACCGAGGCGACGCCGCUGCAGCUGGCGGCCGAGGGAGGGCACGCUGACGUCGUGCGGGCGCUGGUGCGCGCCGGCGCCUCCUGCACCGACGAGAACAAGGCGGGCUUCACGGCGGUGCACCUGGCGGCGCAGAACGGCCACAACCAGGUGCUGGACGUGAUGCGCUCCACGCAGUCGCUGCGUGUCUCCAGCAAGAAGCUCGGCGUCACAGCCCUCCACGUGGCCGCCUACUUCGGACAGGCCGAGACGGUGCGCGAGCUGUUGAUCCACGUGCCGGCAACAGUGAAGUCGGACCCGCCGGCGGGCAGCAGCCUGGUGGGCGAGUUGGGGAACGAGUCGGGCAUGACGCCGCUCCACCUGGCCGCCUACUCGGGCAACGAGAACGUGGUGCGCCUGCUGCUCAACUCGGCAGGAGUCCAGGUCGACGCCGCCACCACUGAGAACGUGAGUUCACCCUGGUGCGCCUUGCAGGGCUACAACCCGCUGCACCUGGCGUGCUUCGGCGGCCACAUCACGGUGGUGGGGCUGCUGGUGAGCCGCGCCGCCGACCUGCUGCAGAGCGGCGACAAGCACGGCAAGACGGGGCUCCACAUCGCCGCCAUGCACGGCCACUUCCAGAUGUGCGAGGUGCUGCUGGGCCAGGGCGCAGAGAUCAACGCGCCCGAUAAGAACGGCUGGACUUCGCUGCACUGCGCGGCGCGCGCCGGCUACAUCGACGUGGUGCGCCUGCUGGUGGAGUCCGGGGCUUCCCCCAAAAGCGAGACCAACUACGGCAGCGCCCCCAUCUGGUUCGCCGCCGCAGAGGGCCACAACGACGUGCUCAAGUACCUCAUGACCAAGGAGCACGACACGUACUCGCUGAUGGACGACCGCAGGUUUGUUUACAACUUGAUGAUAUGCAGCAAAAACAAUAACAACAAAACAAUUGAAGACUUCAUCCUGGUGUCACCAGCUCCUGUUGACACUGCAGCUAAAUUGUCAAAUAUCUUUGUUGUACUUUCUACAAAGGAGAAAGAGAGAGCUAAAGACUUGAUAGCUGCUGGUAAGCAGUGUGAGACAAUGGCAACAGAGCUGCUGGCCCUGGCUGCUGGGUCAGAUUCAGCAGGUCGCAUUCUGACUGCUACUGACAGACGAAACAUAGAGUUCCUCGAUGUACUCAUUGAAAAUGAGCAGAAGGAGGUCAUUGCACACAUGGUUGUACAACGGUAUCUUCAGGAACUCUGGCAAGGAAGUUUAAACUGGGCAGCAUGGAGAACAAUGUUGCUGUUUGUUGCGUUCUUAGUGUGCCCUCCAGUAUGGAUUGGUUUUACACUCCCACUGGGCCACAAAUAUAACAAGGUGCCUAUCAUCAAGUUUAUGUCAUACCUGACAUCACAUAUGUACCUGAUGCUGUUCCUCAUGCUGACUGGAAUUACACCAUUUUACCCAGUAGUGAGGCCAAAAUUGAUCCCUUACUGGUAUGAAUGGGUGCUACUUGUGUGGUUAUCAGGAUUGUUGCUCUUUGAACUUACAAAUCCCAGUGACAAGAGUGGACUUGGUUGGAUCAAGGUAGCCGUGUUGCUGUUUGGCAUCUUUGGAGUGGCAGCACAUUUGGCAGGCAUGCUGUUUGUACCAAGAAUUUAUUGGCCUACUCUCAUGUACAUCAGAAAUCAAUUGUUUGCCAUGUCUUUUCUUUUGGCAUGUGUGCAGAUUCUUGACUUUCUGUCCUUUCACCAUCUAUUUGGACCAUGGGCUAUCAUUAUAGGAAAUCUUAUGAAAGACUUGGCACGCUUCCUUGCUGUGCUUGCCAUUUUUGUAUUUGGGUUUUCAAUGAAUAUUGUUGCAUUGAAUCAGCCUUUCAAGAACUAUACACCUGAGCAACUACAGAAAAACAUCAGCCCACUGUCAAAGGAAAACAUUACUAAAGAUUCCAUCAACUCCACUUUCUUCGACAACUCAGCUGAAAUGUUGCAAGGCAGUGCACCCUUGCCAAAAGCACCUUAUUUUGAAAGACUCACCACCAUUGCAAAUAGCGGAGUUUGCAGGAAUUCGUCAGAUUCAGUUUAUCUCACACCACUGGAAGCAUUUGAAUUGCUGUUUUUUGCUGUGUUUGGGAUGACAACUGUUGAAAAUGUCAGAAAACAUAGUAACAAGACUCAACCAGAUUGGACGAAUGCUCUCUUUAAGGGCAUGUUCAUGGUGUACAUGCUGGUGUCUGUUGUUGUAUUGAUAAAUCUGCUUAUUGCUAUGAUGAGUGACACAUACCAGCGUAUCCAAGCACAGUCAGAUAUUGAGUGGAAAUAUGGUUUAGCAAAGCUAAUUCGCAAUAUGCAUCGUACUACAACCACUCCGUCACCAUUAAAUCUCAUUACGUCAUGGCUUCUUUACUUCCUUCGUUUAUGCAAGCAGAAGAUGACAAAACGUAAGAGACCCAGUCUGGUGCAAAUGAUGGGUCUCCAGAGGUCUAGAGCCAGUGCAAGAUCAAAAAUGGGAGCAAAAUGGCUAGCAAAAGUUAAGAAAGGCCAAGUUGCUCCUAAAGAUUCAGUUGCUCUGAGUGUUGUACACUUGAGCCCUCUGGGAUCACAGCUAAGCUUUAACAAUGUCACACGGAUAGAAAAUGUGACAGAUUGGGAAGCAAUAGCUAAAAAAUACAGAAUUCUGAUGGGUGAGGUUGAAGAAAGAGUUGGAAGCUCUGCAUCAGAUGAUGAUAUUUCAAAUGUUGAAAAUGAAUCCAACAAUAACCAUGAGAGCUAAAGACUCAUUACAUUGCUGAUACUGUAUGAAUCUAUGGAAUAUCAUAUUAAAGCCUAAUCAUAUGUAGAUUUCAUAAAUUAAGAUAUUUUCUCUGAAAAAAACAACUGGGCUUCCGAUGUAACACCAUCAUUAAGAUAAAUUGUAAACAUUUAAAGAAAAGUACUGUGCCACUACAUGGAAUUGUCUUUUGCCAUUUUGCACAAAUUAUAAUAUAUAUCGACAAGUAGG